CGGUGAGCGGGUCCGUUGCUGAUUGAGGUCCGUUCUCGAAGCUGCGAGUCUGCCUGACGUCGCAAUGGAGACCAUCCUGGAGCAGCAGCGCCGCUACCAUGAGGAGAAGGAACGUCUGAUGGAUGUAAUGGUGAAGGAGAUGAUGGUGAAGAAAUCCACGCUUCGAGACCAAAUCAACUCUGAUCAUCGGGCCAGAGCAGUGCUUGAUAGAUACAUGGAAGUGGCUGGAAACUUAAGAGACUUGUAUGAAGAUAAAGAUAGUAUGAGAAAGGAUGAGUUAAAUGCUAUUUCAGGACCCAAUGAGUUUGGAGAAUUCUACAAUCGGCUGAAGAUGAUCAAAGAAUUCCACAGAAAACACCCAAAUGAGAUAAGUAUUCCAAUGUCAGUAGAGUUUGAGGAGUUAAUGAAGACACGAGAUAAUCCAAGUGAAGAAGCACAGAAUCUAGUUGAGUUCACAGAUGAGGAAGGAUAUGGACGCUACCUUGAUCUUCAUGACUGCUAUCUUAAAUAUAUUAACCUGAAAGGCUCAGAGAAAUGUGAUUACAUUACCUACCUAAUUACAUUUGAUCAACUUUUUGAUAUUCCAAAAGAAAAGAAAAAUGCAGAAUAUAAACGGUACCUGGAAAUGUUGCUGGAUUAUCUCCAGGAUUACGCAGAUCGAGUGAAGCCUUUAUUGGAUCAGAAUGAGCUGUUUGGAAAAAUACAAAAUGACUUUGAGAAGAAAUGGGAAAAUGGCACUUUCCCUGGCUGGCCAAAAGAGACUAGCAGUGCCUUGACCCAUGCUGGAGCUCACUUAGAUUUGUCAGCUUUUUCAUCUUGGGAAGAAUUGGCUUCCCUGGGGCUGGACAGAUUGAAAUCUGCUUUGAUGGCUUUAGGUCUCAAAUGUGGAGGAACCUUAGAAGAAAGAGCUCAGCGUUUGUUCAGCACCAAAGGGAAAUCUUUGGAGGCACUGGAUCCCUCGCUGUUUGCAAAAUCUAAAUCCAAAGGCACUAAAAAGGAUUCAGAACGCAACAAAGAAAUUGCUUUCCUUGAAGCUCAAGUCUAUGAAUACAUCGAGAUUCUUGGGGAACAGAGACAGCUCACCAGAGAAAAUGUACAGCGCAAACAAGCUCGGACAGGAGAGGAGCGGGAGGAAGAAGAAGAGGAACACAUCAGUGAAAGUGAAAGUGAAGAUGAGGAAAAUGAAAUCAUCUAUAAUCCCAAGAACCUGCCAUUGGGUUGGGAUGGCAAGCCCAUUCCAUACUGGUUAUAUAAGCUGCAUGGUUUGAAUAUCAACUAUAACUGUGAAAUCUGUGGUAAUUACACUUACAGAGGACCCAAAGCAUUCCAACGCCACUUUGCUGAAUGGCGUCAUGCUCAUGGCAUGAGGUGUCUUGGAAUCCCCAACACAGCUCAUUUUGCAAAUGUUACCCAAAUUGAGGAUGCAGUAUCUCUGUGGGCAAAACUCAAGCAUUCAAAGGCAGCGGAGAGAUGGCAGCCUGACACAGAGGAAGAAUAUGAAGACUCAAGUGGAAAUGUAGUUAACAAGAAGACUUAUGAAGAUUUAAAACGACAAGGCUUACUCUAAACCAAUGAAAUGCUACUUCUUCAGACUUUUUCACAGUGAUAAGGGUGCUUGCUUAAUUUAGUUUCUUCUUCCUCUCAUUAAUUCAAGAACCAGAUCCAGUACUCUCCAACGUCUGUACACAAAUUCAAAAGAAGUUGAAAGUGAACUGGAUGUUUGAAAAUUUGUAUAAUUCAGUUUAUGGUAAAAUUAUUUGUUAGUUCUCCAAAACUCAGUGUAAUGUUUUACAAAAUUAUGUUUUGUAUUUUGCGAAAUAAGCAUGACAGGUAACUUUCUGUCAUUUUGAACCAAGAAAGUGGGACCGCUAUGAGAGUCUUUUUUUGUUGGUGGAUGUAAAACUUUUACAGAUAAGCAGUUUGUCAAAGCAGAAUAUAUAGCAGACAAUCCCCUUUCAUUGAACUUAGUAGUGUGACCUUUGCUUUUGGGAAUUUUUUCACCCCAGAAUCUGACAUUUUCACAGUUUAAUAAAGUAA